UUCAUGAUCUGAAAACUGCAAGGAAGUCUACGCCAUCCGAUAAACUUAACGUGACAAGCACACAGACGUUAAUGCUUAAUCGGCACGUACUUUCGCAACACGAUUUCUCUUCAUAUAAGAAUCCAGUUUUAGAUGAUCUUUGUUUCACUACUUCCUCUGCGCAGACAAGGGGAAAAAAACAACAUACAGACAAGGAGAAAACAAAUGGCAAUCGUCAACAAGUGUUUGAAGGCGAAUUCGGGUUCAUCAACAAUAAGAAGAAUUUUGAAGAGGAACAUGAAGGCGAGGAUUGAGAGACUGAAGAAGGAAACAAAGGAGAUUCGAAAGGAACAGAAAGAUAUAGCAGAGGGACACAGAGAAAUAGCUAAAAAGCUUCACUUGAUCAAAACCAGUCAUGCCCAAAUGAAGAAAGAUAUUCAGGUAUUAAACCAAGGGAGUGCACGCUUGCAGUGUAGACUCAACAUCAUGUUCAAAAUCUUGAAAGCGCGAAAACUCGGCGAUUCCAUUGAAGAAAAGAAGCUUGUUCAGUUACUCCUCAGCAUUACUCCUCCAAACAAAGGAGUUCAAGAUGUUUGUUACUCCUCGAAACAUGUUUUAGAGAUUACAUGCAAAAUUGAUUGACAUAAACUACUUAUAGUCCUUUUUUUAAGCUAUCUAUUGUACUUUAAACGUUACGAACUUCAUGUUUUAUUUAUGUUAGAGUGAAUCAAAUUUACAUGUAAAUUCAGUUGUUCAUUGAA